AGAGAAACACUGUAAUAACCUGGGCCCUAGAACGCAGCCAAAAAGGUCAAGGAUUUCUAGCCAAGUAACUAAAAAAAGAUUUGCUUGAAAAAAAUUGAAGUACAUAUCAGUUGUAGUAAGUUCAAAACACAAAUAGCAACACAUCGCUUAGCCGGCGAACAACAUAAGUGUGAUCAUGUCUGCGAAGGAUCUUCUAGCCAAAUGGUCCAGCAAGUAUGAAAUCCAAAAAGAGACCUUUGAUGAUAUCCAAUGCGCCAUCGAUCAAAGGCUGAAACCCUUUUACGAACUGGACCUCAACGAUGCCAGGGAAAUGGCAGAAUCUAUUUUCACGCGAGAUGAUGACGGUGAGUUUGAUGGAGAAAUUCGAGAACAGGUUGUUCCCUGUGAUCACGUUCCUACCGGAGUACCAGUCACAGUCUUCAAGCCACGUGACUGUCCCGAAGUUCCCGGGAUUUUUCUUUACUUCCACGGAGGUGGUCUCAUUGUCUUGAAGAGUUCCCUGUAUAAUUACGUUGUCAGGUCCAUCGCGAUGAAGUCAAAUUGCAUUGUUGUGAAUGUGGAUUAUCGCCUCUUGCCUUGUCCAGAAGACACCAUGGCCCCGUUUAACGAUGUUGUGGCUGUGACCAAGUGGGUGCUGGAAAACAAGGAAAAAAUCGGCGGCGCCCCGAGGAGCAAAGUCGGCGUGGGUGGAGACAGCGCCGGUGGUCAGCUUACCAGCAGCGUAACGCACAGCGUAAAAGGUCUGGACUUUCAAGUUCUGAUCUACCCACUCACUGACAUUUCCCUUGACUGGCCAUCUUUUGAUGAGUUUCGGGAAUUCCCAGCAUUCAAUACCAAAGGAAUGAGAUACAUGUUUGAUCAUUACCUCCCUUAUAUUCCCGACGCCAUCAGCAACCCCCGUGUCAACCCGUUAGCCAGAACUGACCUCAAGUCAUGCCCUCCAACUCUAUUCAUUUUUGCAGAGUUAGAUCCCUUGAGGGACGAGGGCAUAGCCUUUGCCCAAAAGCUGCGCGAUGAAGGGGUUAAAGUUGAAGAGAUCAUGUACAAAGGGUUGGUUCACGGAUUUAUCGGACUUCAGAUGUAUGAUAAGUUCAACCAACAGGCCCACAGAGAUAUCGCCAAAUUUAUCAACUCAGUUAUUCAAUAGAACCUUUUUUUUGGGGAGGGGGGAGGAUUAAAUAAUGUAUUCAGAUCACACAUUGAUUGAUUGCAUUGGAAAGUGUUUUAUUUUUGCCUAUAUGACGCCAAAAUAAAUUCUAAUUUGGUAGCAUUGCAUAAAUAGUGGUAUGUUAACAUAUCAUAAAUAGUGUCUUCAGAGUCCAGGACAUACAGCGGACAAAAUACUUAAACAUUGAUAAGGAAUGUAUUUUAAGAAAAUAAUACUUUUGGCACUUUUUAGCACCCCAUAACCAAGGUUCUAAGCUUUUUUUUAUCUGUAACACAAAGUAAUUUAUAUUAUUUAGUUGGCAGAAGUGUAUUUUGACUAUUUAAUUCAAAAUCUCUUCCCAACCGCCUUUUUUUUAAAAUUUACUAAAUUAUUGUAUUUAAUCAGAAUGUAAACUUGGUAAGGCUCUAAGCUAUUUGAGAUAUGAGGUCCCUUAUAUUCAACAUAAGGUAAUUUUGUUCCCGCUGCACGAAGUCCUACCUAAAAGAGAUUCUGCUACAUCUCUUUUGCGCUCACUCCAUUGGCUUCACGUGAAAGCGAGAAUUGACUACAAGGUGGCCAUACUUUGUCAUCAGUGCAUCUACAAUAAAGAAAUGCCCUUGUAACUUAGCGAACUGACCAUUCCAUUUCUAUAUGUCUCUUAGAGAGCCCUGCGCUUCAUGGAAUCAACGGUUCUAGUGGUUUCUCCCUCAAAAGUUACAGUUUGCGGGCUUUUUUGGUGCACGGACCAAAUGUUUGGAACUGAGUCCCCAUUAAUAUCAGGCAGAGAACAUCCUACACUACUUUUAAGAAGAACAUGUAGACCUAUUUGUUCAAAACUUUUUUUCAAUUAGUUUAUCAUUUCUUGUUUUUAUUUGUAUAAUGUUAUUACAGCGCCUCGAGCCUGCUUAAUGUUUGUUAACGGAGCUCUAUACAUUAAAUUAUUAUGAUUAUU